AUGCUAAGAACAAUCUCACGUCAACAGUCACGUCUUUUAACGAGGUCGGCAUCCUCCUCCGCCUCGAGUUCACCUUUAAAGAAAACACCUUUAUAUGACCUUCAUGUUCAACUUGGAGCUACCAUGGUUCCCUUUGCUGGUUAUUCAAUGCCUUUGAUAUAUAAGGAUCAAACGCAUAUCGAGUCUCAUAAUUGGACGAGAAACAAUGCGGGGUUAUUCGAUGUGUCUCAUAUGUUGCAGAGUAAAUUGGUUGGUCCUGGUUCAGUAUCAUUUUUAAAUAGGAUUACUCCUACUGAUUUUGGGGCAUUGCCUAGAGGAUAUUCUCACUUGUCAGUCUUCUUGAAUCAUGAAGGUGGGAUUAUAGAUGAUACAAUCAUAAGUAAGAACUGUAAUGAUGAUGAUUUUACUAUGGUAACUAAUGCAGGCAGAGUGAAGGAAGAUUCUACCUUCUUGAAAAGUGAGCUAAAACUUUGCCACUUUGAUUGUAAUUGGGAAAGUGUUAACGAUAGAGCACUGCUGGCAUUACAAGGUCCUAAGUCUAAAGAUAUCUUGGAACCAUUGUUAAUGGAGGGUCAAACAUUGACCAAUUUUUUCUUUGGAGAAAGAAAGCUAUUUCAAUUAUAUAAUGGAGUUACAAUUGACAUCAGCAGAAGUGGAUAUACAGGAGAAGAUGGGUUUGAAAUGAGUGUUCCAGAGAAAAAUGCUUCUGAAUUUGCAUCUCUCUUAUUAGAUAACUCAACAGUGAAACCGAUCGGAUUGGCAGCAAGAGAUAGUCUUAGGUUAGAAGCUGGAAUGUGUUUGUAUGGGAAUGAAUUAAAUGAAGAGAUCACACCAGUGGAGGCAAGAUUGAAUUGGAUUAUUUCCAAAACAAGAAGAAAUCUUCCUCAAGAGAAUGAAAGAUUCAAUGGAUAUGAAAAGAUCAUGACCCAAUUGAACGAGAAGAAGUAUGAAAAAUUGCGCGUUGGGUUUAAAUACACAAAGAAAGGCCCAGCAGCCAGAACAGGAAGUCUAAUUUUCUCCUCCGACGGUAUCACCCAAGUGGGAAUAGUUACAUCUGGGAGUGCGUCGCCAAGUUUGAAUAAUAUCAAUAUAGGUCAAGGAUAUGUUGAUACCGGGAUGCAUAAGAAUGGCAGUGAAUUGUUCGUUCAAGUGCGUAACAAAUUGUUCCCAAUUGAAAUUGUGAAAAUGCCCAUUGUGCCAACUAACUACUACAAGAAAUAG